ACCAAUUGCUGCGUUUAGAGAGUGCGCGCGCGCGAGGCUCUGCUUUCGCCACGCGUAGACCUGGGAGGAAGUGGAGAGAGUCGCGAACACCGCAUAACUCCCGGGUUGGCUUGUAAGGGUUUCUGCCGGGCGCUUCGCUUGGGGCAGGAGGCGGGGCUCCACUUUGAUUGGGACCCAGGCCUCCUAAGCGGCUGCCCCGAGGCUCCGCCCCACCCGGUGACAUGGGAGGAGCCUCGUGGGGGCAGCAAAAAGAGUCGCGAGAGCGGCCGAGCUGUUUCUUCGGCCCGCCCCCCUCCCCGACACAGGGCUGGCCAAAGCCACGAGGCCGCUGCCUGGGGCCGGCCUGCUAAGACGGGCUAUCCCAAAGCCGCUGGGGAAGGAGGUGGGAGCGGAGGGGCUCCCUGUGGACCAUUCUUCGGAAACCUUCCACUUCUGAUCUGCUGUGGCCUCGAAAAGCCGCUCGUCGUCACCCGGCCGUGGGCAGCUCGAGUCAUAUCCGUGCCCCGCGGUCUCUCUGUCCCUGAAGACAAGCCGAGGGCGAGAGGCCGCCGGGGGACCAGCAGAGCCCUCUCUCUGGCGAGAUGUUUGUGUGGACUCCGGGCGGGAGCCGGGGGUGCGGAGGGGGGAGAUCUCUCGGGAGAAGGGGGGGAAAUAAUAACUCUUUGUAUUUGUAAACGGAAGGCUUGCAGUGUUUUAUUGUCUGCUUUUGCGAUGUUGUCGGCGUUCAAUUCAUUUUGAGAUACUGUUACUGUAUAUUUUAAGAGGGGCAGAAGUGGUACAAAUGAGUAAAUGGGAAAAGGAGGCGACCCGGGCGCAGAAAGCGAGCCUGAAUCUGGCAGACCCCCCCCGCACCGAUCCUCUGCCGUGCCUCCUUCGGUACUGUUGCCUGGCUGGAAUGCGCCCCCGAAGUGCCGGAACGCCUCUUGCCGUGGAUGGAACGAUGGGGGGGGUGCAUAGUAACCUGGUUUGGACGUGCGGAGGCUUAGGCCAGACAAGCAGUUCUCAACCACUUCUCUCAAUGAAGCACGCGCAUUCUCUCGCUAUGAUCUCACCCGUUGAAUUUCCCGGAUGCUAGCUCUGAAGUUUCCGAGCCAAGCAGCGGUAAGGGGUCGCUCUACUUUUUGUGAUCUAUGUUCCUGCGCGGGCGGCCUACGCUAAGUCCUUCCAUUCCCAGAAACCUUUGCACUACAGCCCACUUUCCGCGGCUCUUUCGCGAAGUGAUAGGAGUUAGUAGCUGCUACUAUGUCGGUGGUUUUCGUGCCGGAGAAGCUUCGGGGCAAAGCGGAGGUGAACCAGGAGACGCUGCAGCGGCUGCUUGAAGAAAAUGACCAGCUGAUUCGGUGUAUUGUGGAAUAUCAGAAUAAAGGAAGAGCUGCAGAAUGUGUGCAGCAUCAGCACACACUGCACAGAAACUUGAUUUAUUUGGCUACCAUUGCGGAUGCAUCACCCUCUCCAAAUGCAGGGAAGACUGUUGCAGACUGAUGCUGUCUUCCUUGGCACAUAUGUGACUCUUUGAAGCAAGUGAGGGGUGAAUCUGGAAGACCCAAUAGUCCCCUGCUGUUUGAAGGAGAGCAAGAAGUCCAGUGGCUUUGAUAGAAAACCAGCUAAACUGUGCUCCCUUCAGAGCAUUUCUACCUUCCUUUUAUCAUCAGCUAGGACGUGCCAUGUUCUUUACCCCUUCCUCUCAUCCAGAAAGAAAGACGGCACAGCACAUUACAUGUUCCGUCAGCUACAGGGUCACUGCACUUUCUCUAAAUUAUGCCUAAAGGGUUACAGUUGAGGGGUGGUAUUGUUAGCAUUAGCCAGUUGCCUCAUAACAUCAGUUCUCUAGGUGACAUUAAAUUCUAGCCCAGAGAUCCAUAAAAAAGUUUGGAAGAUGGGAUACUCUACAGUGUUACAUUAAAAACUUCCUCUGCAUAGUGAAAGGAGCAAGAAAUGGUGUAUGAAAUGACCUGUUAAUGCUUGGACAAGACAGUUUUUAUUGCAGCUAGUACAGGCCUGUAGGUAUGGACAAAAUACUUCCUUUCACUCAUUAUUCUCAUUUUGUAGCAUGGCAUUAUACACAAUUAUCUUAUAUGCACAGAGGGCACUUCUAAGCUUUGAUUAUGUUAAAGUAUAUUCCUUCCUCUAAUAAGAUCAUGUUGAUCCUAACACAUCCAUGCAGCUGAAACCUGGCAGUGCUCAAGUAACCCUGCUUCAAUUGGCUGGUUUGCAUUGCUUGGUUAUUAGUAUUUUCACAUCAAUUUGUGUCACCAUAGUCCUCAGUGUACUUUUAUGAAUUAAUAUUUUUUUCAACUUCCCCACCCCAAAUGAAUAUUCUCGCAGUGAUUUUAAAAGUUACUUGCUAAGUACUUACUGAAAGGGCAGUGAACUUGUUUUUGUUAAAGGGCAGUGUUGGGUAGUUCCAUAAUAAUGUGGGCCUUACAAAGUAAGCUUUGGUGCAGUUUUUGCCACCUGGGUGACACCCCCCCCGAUGUUUUAGACAACUUCCAUCAGUCCAGAUGGUACAACUGCACUGAAACUGAUGGGAGUUGAAUUCUGAACUGUCUGAAGGGCACCAAGCAAAGGAAGAUUGCCAUAGUAAUAACACUUUGUCAUUUUCCAAACGAGUGAUAGGAAACUACCACAGCUAUUUGGAAUGCAGAAGAGCUGGUGCAUGGCUCCUUUUCACUCUUAAGAGGUGAAACACCCAUACGUUUCUUGUUUAACUGCGGCAUCUCCCCUGGCCAGUCAAACUAGCUGCUCCCAGAGCGUGUGCGUCUAUAAAAAUUUAAAACUCUGGAGGGGAGGAUGUUCUUCCCUAUUUUUUUUGUAGAAACAAACCCCAGCACAAUAGAAUAUGAAAACAGCAUUGUGAGUUGAUGUGGGGUAGUAAUAACAGCUUCUGUUAAUGUAGUAACAUUCUUCAGGGCCUCUCUCCUAUUACAAUUGCACUGCUGAUGGAAGGGAUCCUCCUCCCCCUGGGCCAGGAGUACUGUAAACUGAAGCUGUCCCCCAACCAUACUUAUUAAGCCAAAAUUACUAAACUCUUGGUUGUGUCCAAUGGUCAUGACUAACUUAGGUUUGUUAAUUUCAGUGGGUCUACCAUGAGAACUUAAGUUGGCUAAAGCCCUACGUUUCCAAUCUUAGAUAACCAAUUGAAACAUAUUUAUGUAAAAGGGUUUCGAGUUAGAAAUGGUAUCUUCUUGUAACUUACGGUGAAGGCCACUACUAAACAGACUGGAGGCACAGGCAAAAGGGUAAAACAUUAACUCAAUCGGAGUUGAAUGGCAGUAGUUUGCCACUGACUAGGAGACUGCACCCUGGCUGCUGUACUUUCUCUGCAGCACAGCCCUGGGAUGCAAGCCAUGAUCCAGCUGCAUCUGAUGACUGACUACACCAUCUUCAGUAAUUCCCAGUAUCCCACAGGUGCAGCAAACCCAGGUAUUUGCAACAACACACACAUUUUGAAUGUUUUGAAUGUUAUUUCUGACUAGAAAAAAACUAGUACUACUGCUAGUACCAAAAUUUGCCUCAAGAUUGCAUCUGAUAAUGUAGUGCGACACUACCUCAAGAAGUUUGCCUCAAGACUGCAUCUGAUAAUUGACACUGCAAGAUGCCAGUGAUGAUCAGGCCUGAUCUAAACAGAAUGUGUAGACAAGAGUGCAUGUUUAGUUAAGGCAGUGGGAUCAGAGAACAUUCUACCAUUUUAUUUAUUUAUUAACAUUUAUACCCCGCCUUUCUUUUUUCAUGAAACCCAAGGCGGCUUACAUAUGAUUCCCAGGCAGUCUCCCACCCAGGCACUGACCAGACCUGACCCUGCUUAGCUUCAGCAGGGAGCUGGCCUUAUGUGCCUUCAGACUAUAGCCUGGGACCAUUCAUUGAACAAUGAAUAAUAAAAUUAAGACCAUUUGUCUCAAGUUUGUUAAAUUUGGAUGUAAGACAAGGUACAUGCAGACUAAGAGAGAUUAGUUGACAUCUACCAUGUUUACUGCAUACAUGGCAUGGAAUUUAAGACUAAGUGGUACAGAUGCCCACAUAGUAAGCUAAACAUCAGUACAAAGGAUGCUACAUGGGACAGGUUGGAUAGGUAUCAAGGCUAUAGAUUGUCCAUACCAAGCCUUGAAUGAGGCAGUGAGAUUUUGGAAUAUCCACAGAAGGGGUUCUAAAUACUCAUGAAUGCUGGCCAAAGUUUUCUAUUCCUGAAGCAGAGACUAAAUCUCCAUCCCCACUCCAAGGCCAAUACUUGAAAAAGUCUGCAGGUGAAGCAGACCCAGGUAAUUCAGCUUAGAAUACAUGUUGUUUUCUAUUCGAAUGUUACUAUUUUUGGGCCAUCGAGAUAAAGCUUCACUGAAAUUAACCUGCAACUUGAUAGCGCUCAUUACUUCAACAGAAACCUUAUUUUAACAAGAUAUAACCUACUAUUAAAGGUAUAUCUUUAAUAAAGCAAAUAAGGUUAUUUUUACUUACAGGCGCUUGAAAAUUAAAAUACAAAAUGUACAUUUCCAAAGCAUUAGCUAUUCACAGAGGUACUGCAAUAAGGGUAAGUUAACUAAGCACCAAACCCCUUGCACUUGGCAGUGUGAAACAUUGUAUGGCAAGAUUUGGUUGCCAAGUGCAAACAACUGGGGAAAAUUACCAGUGUUCAGAAUAAUUGGAAGCAGAGGGUGAUGUAGCACCUACUGGACAGAAACUAAUGCAUCUGCAUUUCCACUAUUUACUUGAAUUUUAGAAACUGCCAAUGCUUGCAUUUACCACUCAUUUGCAACAGCAGUUUAGAUGCUCAGUAGGGAACACCAAUGCAACAAAUACCUGUGGCAUACAAUUGCAAUAGAUUUUAGGGUCCAAUAUAAGUUUUCAAUAGUGUACUUGAGGAAAAUCAAAAAAACACUUGUUAAAUCCACCAAAGUUUUAGCAGAAGGUACAAAACAUUAACAAUUUACAGACAGAAGCCACACUGAUUGUGUAGAGCACAUGACUAAAGUUAUGCACAGCAAACAACUCUGUAAACAUGGUACAGCUGGGUUUUGAGGAAACAUGGUGACAAUAUCAUAAAUACAGGCAACAUUGGCAUCUUCAACCAGCACAAAUAGUAACAUUCUGGGCCUGCCAAGACGACCCAUUGCCACACAAGCAGAAGGCGGGUGGGCCUCAACUCUUUCCACCCCAACGUUUAGUGUUGUGUAUUUAUAUAUAUAUAUAUAUAUAUAUAUAUUUAUAUAUAAUUUGGUAUCUUUAAUAUA